CUGACCUGCAGAGGCGACACCAGGUCGCAUCGCAACCAUACACCCGAAUACCCGACCGCGUUGCGCGAAUACACAGUGAACAACGCUACUAGCACGCGAUGGCGAUCUGUCGAGCUCCAAUGCGCGUGCUUCUCGCGUCCCCGCCAGUGUCGCCAUUGCAACGCGUCCAAACCGCCCAGCGUGUCCGUGCCUCCUACACCACCUUAGCGUUCUUCCAUCAGAUCCCUCGCGAUUCUUCUCCUCGUCGCCGGUCGGUUGGUCGUUCCGCUUCUUACUCUUGGUCGGUCUCCUCGCCGUCUUCCACGGUUGCACCGCUAGCAAUAUCCCCAUUACAAGAUGCCCGAUUAUUUGAUAGCGAUAGAUCAGAAACCGCCGAGCUGUCGCACCAGUGGCGUCGCUUUGUGUCGCAGCUCGUCGCACACCGGUUCCUGGCUGCACAUGGCGAAGUCGCAGACAGCCAGCCGGCGACAGCGCAACAGCUUGACAAGAAAGAGUCACCGGUCGCACAUACAGAGACACCCCACACAGAAGGCUAUGUCAACCAAGACAUCGAAGCAGUUGUAUCGGGACAGGCCACAAACGAGGAUGUUCAACCAGAUCUUGGAUCGGAUCUGAUCCUGGACUCUGCAUUGGAUUCGAUUCUGUCGGACAAGGGAGAGGUGAAGCGCGCCGUCCUGGCCGUGGCGAGGUGUUCGCCGCUGCUCUUGAGCUCCUUCCCGUUGGACGACGUGCGAGCCAUUGCCGCCGCAGGCUGUCCCUCAACGGACCGGAAAGUGGUGAACGCAGCAAAGCGGCUGCGCAGCCUGCUCUCCCUCUCAGAAGCCACGGUAUGCGCUCGCUGCCCGCUGAGGAAAACUUGCGCACGGGCAGGCAAGGAGAUUGCACCUCAGGAGGGCUAUUCUUUUGCACUGCCCGCUGUAGUGCCUACUGGCAGUGAAGAAGGGGGGGCUGGAAGCAUGAUCACUGCAACUAAAACUGGCGGAGAUGUAACUGGCAACAGCAGGGAUGUAACAGAUAUGGCUACUGCCACAUCGGAUGUGCUCCGGCUCGCCAUGGGCUAUGCAUUGCUGGCUGAAGCUGAAGCUGUAGCUUCAGCCGUGUCUCAUCGUCCAAAGGCCGCGUCACCCGCAGCAUCACCAUCGGCUCGCGUUCUGGUUGUGGCAGCAGCGGAGGUGCCCCGGGCUGCUACCAGGAGGCCGGCACAACCGGCACCAGCCACCAUUGCUGUGCCUGCCAGUACUGCCAGCAGCAGUGACUGGAGGGGCGGCAGGGACAGCAGGGACAGCAGGGACGGCAGGAGGGGCGGCAGAGGGAGCAGAAGAGAGACAACUGGCAGGGAUGGCAGCAGGGAUGACAGGAAGGAGGGCAGCAAGGAAAGUAGAGGCAGAUACAGAGAUGAUGGGCGCACCAGCAGCAGCAGCGGCGGCAGCAGCAGCAGCAGCAGCGGGACGAGGGUGGAGAGGUGGAGCCGGAGUGAGGGUUUGCCGAGAGACAGGCGGAGUGAGGGGAAUGCCAGUAGUAACGAAAAGAGAGGAGUGUGGGAGAGGAGGAGAUGAUAGGUGUGGGAAGGAACAUGCAGCCUAAGCAGCAGCAGCGGCAGCGGCAGCAGCAGUAGUGAAAGGAGUAGAGUGUGGGAGAGGAGAUGAGAGGGUGAAGAG